AUGGAAUCCCAGGAGGGUAACAUAGAGCACCUACCAACAGUCAUAGAGAAGGACAACAUUCCCAGCGACAGGGACGAGAUUCCAUCGCCAGACCUCUGCCGAAAAUUCCAACACCUGAGCCAAAUUGCGGGAAAGAUCCCCGACAUCAGAGAAGACGUAGAUGUCCUACUAAUGAUCGGCAGGAACUGCCCAGAGCCUCUCAAAGCAGAGGCCCGACUAAGAAAUCUCCUCCGGACUCUUAACCGCAAAACAGAACUGAUGAGAGAGUACCAAGCCUUUCUGGGUAAGAUCCUGGACAUGAAACACGCAACCCCUGUGCAGAUAGAUGAGCCCACACCAGCUAAUGGCACAACGUGGUAUUUACCUCACUUUCCGGUUCGACACCCCAAGAAGCCAGACAUCAGAGUCGUCUUCGAUGCCAGUUCCGAGUUCAACGGCAUCUCUUUGAACCAGGUCUUACUCCAAGGGCCCGAUCAAAUGGACACACUACUCGGUAUACUCCUGAGAUUCAGAGUUGACAAGGUAGCCGUCAUGGGGGACGGGGAAAAGAUGUUCCACAACUUCCACGUCACCCCAAACCACCGCAAUUUCCUACGAAUCCUGUGGUUCCAGGACAAUAACCCCGAAAAGGCAAUCGUCCACCACCGGAUGAAUGUCCACCUCUUUGGGAACAUCUCUUCGCCCGCCGUCGCAACCUUUGGCAUCAGGAGGAUUGCCAGAGAGUGUGAAUCCACACACGGAAAAGACAUGUCAGAAUUCAUCCAUCGGGACUUCUAUGUGGAUGACGGGCUCACCUCACAACCAGAUACUGAAACGGCCAUCAGCUUGGUACUACGUACCAAAGACGCCAUAGCGACUGUCCUCGCCACGACGCUGUCAAGGACAGCCGAAGCAGAAUUACAAGGCAGAGUAGCCAUAAACGAAACCGUAUUCUACUCGGACAGCCGGGUGGUUCUUGGCCGCAUAGCCAAUGAAUCGAAACGAUUCCACGUUUACGUGGCGAACCGCGUUCACAAGAUCCACGCUGCAUCAAAGCCUUGUCCGUGGCACCACAUCUCAUCAGGCCAAAACCCUGCAGACCUAGCGUCAAGAUCAGUUCCCGCAGGACGGUUGAACGAUACAAACUGGUUCCGCGGGCCAGACUUCUUCUGGCAAUCUGGCCCACUGCCCGCCGGAACGACAUCAGCAAACACCGAACAUACCUAUGACGAGAACGACCCUGAAGUACGGAAGCAGGUUUCUGCAUCAGCAACUAAUGUCGAAGGGGAAGCCAACAAGCUAACUCUUCAAGGCGACACACCACAUCUGGGAUGUGCCUGUUUCUCUAGAUUCUCAAGCUGGCCACGCCUCGAACGAGCAGUUGGAAACCUGAUCAGAAGAAUUCAGACCUUCAAGGCAGGACGAGAUGACACCUCCGAGACCAGCCGGGAUGAAGUGCAAAGGGUCUCAUCCAAUCUAUCCAGUGCACAACUACAACAAGCAGAAAGAGCCAUCUUCAGGGCCAUUCAGAGCGAGUCCUUCAGUGACGAGGUACGAACCUUGAAGAAGGCAAGGACCGAACCCAACUCAACCAUCAGCAGGAAGAGCCCCCCCUCGGGCCUAGCCCCAUUCCUGGACGACGACGGAAUACUCAGAGUAGGCGGAAGGCUGAAACGAGGCAACUUUGAUUUGGGAGUCUGCCACCCCAUUGUCCUCCCAAAAGGAGACCACGUCUCUCGACUCCUGGUGGAACAUCUCCAUCGCGAAGUGCGUCAUCAAGGCCGACACCUGACGACUGGAGCUGUGAGCCAUGCUGGACUGUGGAUUCUUGGACUCCACAAACUAGUCAGGGGUGUCAUCAACCAGUGCACCACAUGCAGGAGACUUAGGGGAAAGCCGCUCAACCAGAUUAUGGGAGGACUCCCAGGGACAGACUCACGGCAGCACCACCCUUCACCAAAGUAG